AACAUGAACAUGCAAACACACACUUUUCUACUCAAGUCCCUUCUACUGUAGACUCACUGUAAGGUGCAGUGGAAGCGCUGUGGUUUCUGCUGAUAUUUUAUGUUUUAACUCAGUGAGGAUGAUGUGCAUUAGUGCAGAAUAUGGAACUUACAGAUGGACCAAAACUGAACCUGCAGCACGGUGAAGUUUUUACUGUGACAACAUCUACAGGAGCAUCAUAAGCCAGAAGCUACAGGACGUGUUUUCAGCAGAGUGACGAUGGACCUGAGGAGCGUCCAGUCCUAACGUCAGCAGAGGCCACGCCCAUCAUGGAUGAGUUAGACAUUGAAGAAGAUGGCAGAAAAGAAACAUCAGUGCCCCAGCCAGGCUUCUCCCAGGCGGACACCGCUCUUUUCUACCCCCCUCCUCCGUCCCCAGACCCGGUCAGCCCGCUGACUCACCUGGGGACGCUGCUGCCCGGACACGACGCACCGAGGACCGGCGGAUGUUACAGGAGACUGAACCCAGGGUUUCAGGGCUGUCAGUUACUGGGAACAGCAAGGGAAACUGAAAGAGAAGCCCAUGCAGACCAGAGCAUCCUCAUCCUGCACGCCAAAGUAGCUCAGAAGUCCUACGGCAACGAGAAAAGGUUCUUCUGCCCUCCUCCUUGUGUUUUCAUCAGCGGUCGUGGUUGGAGAGUCAUGCAGGACCAUUUAAAAGCGGCUGGUUAUGGAGACUCUGUAUAUCGAGUGUGUGGUUACAUGUGUCUGGACAGCUCCACUCAGUCACAGGUGGACACAUUCAAACUGGUCUUUGAUGAACAGCCAAACUCCAGGCAGAUGUUUGCUUGUGCCAAGUCGCUGUUCAUCUCUGAUCAGGACAAGAGGAAACACUUCUGCCUUCUGCUGCGACUCUUUCUGGGCAACAGACAUGAGCUCGGUUCUUUCCAGAGCAAGAUGAUCAAAGUCAUCUCCAAACCCUCCCAGAAGAGACAGUCCAUGAAGAACGCUGACCUGUGCAUCUCGUCGUGCUCCAGGGUAGCUUUGUUCAACCGUCUACGCUCCCAGACGGUCAGCACUCGCUACCUCUCCGUGGACAGAGGAGCUUUCAUAGCCAGCGCCAGACAGUGGACAGCCUUCACCAUCACCAUGGUGGAUGACCAACGUGCUGAGCAAGCGGGGUUUGUGCUGAGCGAAGGCUUCAUCUGCUAUGGCUGUGUGGUCCAGUUAGUGUGCACUGAGUCUGGAGUAGCUCUGCCUCCCAUGGUGAUUCGGAAGGUUAACAAGCAGCACGCCAUCUUAGAUGUGGAUGAACCUGUUUCUCAGCUCCACAAAUGCGCCUUUCAGUUCAGAGACAAUCCUCAUGCCUAUCUGUGCUUAUCUAAUGACACCAUCAUACAGCACCAGGCUCCAUCCAGUGUCAGAGACCCCAGCAGAGUGAUCCUGAAUGAUGGAUCCUGUUGGACUAUCAUCGGUGUUGAAGCAGUGGAAUUCACCUUUAACCAGGGCCUGGCCUGUAUCCAGACACCAGUUAGUCCUUUUCCAGUUAUCACAGGGCUAGAGGUUAACGGUGGAGGACACGUCGCCAUGCUGGAGAUCCACGGGGAAAACUUCAGUCCUCAUCUUAAAGUCUGGUUUGGCAACAGUGAGGCUGAGACAAUGUUCAAGUCCCCCAAAUCUCUGCUCUGCGUGGUUCCUGAUGUUUCUGUCUUCAGUGACAGCUGGCUUUGUCUACGACGCGUCAUCACCGUUCCUCUGUCGCUCAUCCGGCUGGACGGCCUGAUUUAUCGCACGACCUUCAGCUUCACCUACACCCCUGAACUCCAGCCGCCUCCGUCUGUCCGGGGAGCGGUGGGGGGAGGGAAGAGAGAAGGAGGGAUGGACAGAGGCCAGGAGGACAUCCUGCUAGAGACCAUCCAUCAGGAGUUCACCAGAGCCAACUUUCAUCUCUUCAUGCAGAGCAGCUAAUCUGUCCUCAGGAGACCUUUUGAUCAGCAAUCACAGUCCGACCAUCUGCUUUUGGAUCAGUGUUGGUCCCAUGUCACUCUGCUAUGUUCAAACUGAUACAAGACCUCAAUGUUCCCUGUUUAUUAUUCUCAUCUUUGGUAAUAGUUAUUCUGUAGAUUCACUAGAUAUGCUGUAAAGUCUAUUUAUUAUUACUGAGAUGAGAUACUUUGUAAAUUUUUUGGGGAAAAAGGCUCAAGCAGGGUCAUAAACAUCAAAGUUUUGUUGAGGGUCUCAUUCCCAAUAAAGACAAACAUUUAAAUGUUUGUUUCCUGUAUAUGAGGUAUGAUCAAGAAAUUCCAGGACUGUACCAGGAUCAAUUUCAAGCAAAACCAUAUCUAAUAUUAAUUUGGUUGCCAUCCCCUUCAAAGUAGUUUCCAUCUGCAGAGAUGCAGUCAGGCAGCCGUGAUAUCAUUUAGCUCUGCUUCUGCCAUGUAUGGAACACUCUCUGGAAAACCACAUUUGCAAUUUCACAAUGCAUCUCAACAUUAUACAGACAGUAAACAUCAAAUUCAGUGUGAAACUGACCACAUCUUCCUUCCAUUAUCUGUGUUUCUGUUUUCUUCAUGAUGGGAAGCAACAGCAGCCGUCAAACAUUAACCUACCACACUGAAAAUGUCAAGCUUUUCAGAGGGUUUGGAUCAAGCAGUGAGGCAGCCAUGGUGUUUUUUGUGGUGGAUUAUUGGCUUUAAUGAUUUUCAUCCCCAUGUAAGCAAAUGCUUCACCUCAACAAUUCCAUUCAUUAUUUUAAGACAAGGCAGGUUUAUUUGUAUAGAACAAAUUCAUACACAAAGUAAUUCAAGGUACUCUACAGUGGCGAUGAAAUACAUUCAGAAAAAUGCUUUAAGGUAGACCUGCAUUAAAAUCAUCAGAAAUAAAACAUAAAAGUAGACAUUAAGAUCAUAAAAGUGCAUUAACAGGCAAGAAAAGAGAUUGAGCAUCUAACAGAAAGCUGCAGUAAACAAUCUGGUUUUCAGGCCUGAUUUAAUAAAAGAGCUGACAGACUGAGCAGACCUCAGGUGUUCAGGAAGUUUGUUCCACAGAUGAGGAGCAGAAUAGCUGAAAACAGCUUCACUAUGUUUGGUUCUGGUUCUGGGAACAGAGUAAACCUGUUCCUGAUGACCUGAAGACUGGAUGCUUCAUAUAUUAAGAGAACACCAAGAGAACUUAGCCGCACCCACAACAACUGUGAUUGAAUUAAAGAAAUACAACAAGCUAGAGUGUUAUUGUCCCUCAGACCAUAAUGUUCUACAGAAGCUAAGUGAGACUCCACAGUGUCAGAGGUCUUAUGGGUCAGACUGUUCUGCAGGAAGAUCUACAGGUGGUUUUAAUGUUGUGGCUGACUGAUGUAUGUAUUAAGUUUAUACAGAUAUUGUUGGCUGCACUUGUGGUUUGAAUUCAAGUCUCUAUGGUGCAAAACAUGUGAGGAGCUGCUCUGAGGCCGACCAUGACCUUUAACCUCCACAAGGGUUGGCAAGCCAGUAGAGACUUUCACUGCAGAGAGUUGUGAAGUAAUAAAUAUUACUUUUUCCUUGGCCAACAAUAAAAAACAAACCUGUUUAUAUGCAA